GCGGUGUAUGUACGAUACGAAUAGUAUGGAGGGAUGGACUUGUGCUAGGCACCCGGUUUACUGCCAAUUUCGGGCGGAGACUCCCGCAUCUCUACUCGUCACCACUUCCCCAAUAUAUUACCCGUAAUCACAGUACACAAUACCAUGCCCAAGGUAGCCCGUUCCCCUCAGAAUCUACUCCUGACCGUUUCAUCCUGAAUCCUCCCACCCCCCUGCCACACCCUUACCCUCAUUCUCUUCCCCUCUUACUCUCUUACUCUUUUACCUUCUACCCUCUUUUCUCUCUACGUUCAACCACAAACCCCCUCCGCUGGUCGUUGGGUGUCCAAUUUCUUACGACUCUACCUGCGCCACUCAACCCUUCCGUCCGCCGCCCCCCCCCCCCCCUACUAUCCUCGAUUUACCUCAGCCCUUCAUGUGGACUCUCGUAUCACGACCAAACAAAGAUCCAAUACCGGGCUCGACUCGACACUUCUCCCGGGCUGAGACCCCGUUGUGAGCGUGUCCGGACUAUAUCGCCAACAGAAAGUACCACACAAAAGGGCAUCGUUACAAAACAUAAAAGAAAGGGUUAAAAUUCCCCUCCCCCGCGUCGGCGAUGUGGCUCUAUCGGGGCGCGCAGUCCGCGGUCUUCUACUACGCGACUUGCACACCAUGUGCCAUGAGCAUCGACCGGAGGAAGCGCAAGAAGGAUGCUGCACGAAUCCAGCGUCUCAAUGAGAAAGCCGCCGCCGACCUCGUUACCGAUCAACCCCGGCCGUUUCCGCAGCCGACCGCGUUUAGCACCAACGACGGAUGGACCGAAGAGAUAUCAUUAGGACCGGGACCUCCGACUCGUCGAGGUGGAAAUCGCAACAAUGCGAGGACGAACAGCUGGAAUACGGAUCGAAGCUCGGAGUUGAAGAAGGAUAAGAGUAGUGGCCUCAUGCAACCUCUAAACGACCGAUGGAAAUCUAUGCGAUACCAGCGUGAAGACGAACCUCUCUGGGGUCAGGAAGUUCGAGGCUCGUCGAUUGGGUUUUCAGGUCGCGGUCGCACCGAUCAUCAGGAGCCGCCCAAGUAUUAUGCAGGGCAUGUCCCCCCUGUCAAUGAUCUACAUCCGCCUAUCGUGAGUGGGCCCCGCAGCCGCGCCGAAACCAGAUGGAUGCUCCAGCCGCCACCUAGUGCAAAGGUCAUGGCUGGAAAAGAACCAUUCGAUAUGUCGUCUCCUCGGGACAGUAUGGGUGGCUUCAAUGAUUGGCCAUCCCGCACAGUCAGGGGUAACCCCAUCCAUGAAGAGGAGCCCGAACACAUCAGCAAGGAGACUGAAGACGGUAUGGUGGAUACGACCGCAAUGCAGCAACAAUUACCUCGUCGACCAUCCACAACACGCGUCCGGGCAAGCUAUGAGAGUGCUAUUCACGACGACUUUGAUCGACUUCGGGAUUCUCGAUCCGACUCCAUGUCCUCCGUGGCCGACGAUCAAUCCUUCAGCACUUCAUGGAGGUAUCCCGAGACCCCGACGACACGGCCGGCUUCCAACUCCACCGAAGGCAGCAUCAAGGCACCUCGUCCACAGAUCUCAAAGACGUUGUCUACCUUGCAACGCGGCGAUGGCAACAAGCACAAGGUCCACCUGCUGCAAUUGGAGAUCAACGAUGAUCGAGACGAAUUUGGUGUCGGCCAGCUAGAAAACGUUCGCCCAUGGCGCUGGAGCAUGGAUAUAUGAGAAGCGCCCUCCAUUUUCCCAUCCUUAUUCACCUCAUCAUCAUCCUUCCACCCGCAACUUUGAACCUGACCUAACCUGUCAACCUCAUACUCUCCGACCACCCACCUCCUCCCCCCAUUCGACCUCUUUGGAUUUUUCUCCGGCACCAAGGCGUUAUAUUCGAGCGAAAAGUCACAGCGCAUUCCUGGAUUAUCAUUUGGUUUUCUCUCCCUUUCACCCCCCACUCCAACAGACCAUUCCUCCAUUGGGCUCAAGCGCACGGCUGGACCAGAUGCCCCCAAAAGCGAUCAAUCGCAACGAAUAGUUCUGAUUGGACUGCACAGUGCGGCGAAAGAACACUACUUUACUCUUUUCCAUUCCUUAUUCUUUACUACCACCCAUCCCAGUCAUUCCUUCUUAAGCGUAUCUCCAGCAUACCGAGAUUAUUCUUCUCCUUACUCUUAUCGUUCACCCUAUUGUUAUCGGUAUAUCCGUUUUAUCUUUGCCUUGCAGCUUCUCGUCACCCUCCUUUGAUUGAUUACCCACUAGAUCCCCCUCGACCCCCUUCUUUUCUCCUCUUGUAUCAUAAUCACUUUCCACCGCCUUGGGUACAUACAUAGCGCAUACAUCGCAUGAUGGAUCAUUGAAAUUGGAUUUUUUUGGAAUAACUUAGGCUCUAUGUUAAUUGACACU